AACUGCUGCGCUACUAGUCGCUGCCUGACCUUGGUGCUCACCGCCAGCCCACAACAGCGCCACCGCAACAACGCACCACAAAAGAAACUAAACAAAGCAAUGGAGCCGGCGGGCAAGCUCCCCGCCCCCCUGUAGCGCUCCCCUCCCUCCCCUACCUCCUGCGGCGGCGGCGGCGGCUGCUCCUCCUAGCUAGCUAGCUACUCGAGGUAUUCUUUCUGGUCGGCAAGGAUGACGAUGACGGCAUACACGUACCAGGCUCAGGCCAUGAUGAGGGACUACCUGCUGGCCGAUCCGCUCGUCCCCUACACCUCGGUCCUCAUUGGCGUUGUCUUGUGCAAGAUGACCUAUGAUCUCACAAGGGUACUGAGCUCAUUUUACUUCAAGGGCUAUUCUUCUUUGACAAAGAUACAGCGUAUUGAAUGGAACAACAGGGGCAUGUCCAGUGCACAUGCGAUCUUUAUCACGGCUAUAUCAUUAUAUCUUGUCGUGACUACAGAUCUUUUCUCUGACCGCAUCAAGGGGCCUAUUACAUUCCGUAGUUCGAUCAUCUCGACUUCUGCAUUAGGGGUCUCUGUGGGCUAUUUCAUCACUGAUCUUGCUAUGAUCUUCUGGGCUUAUCCUUCCCUUGGUGGAAUGGAAUAUGUACUCCACCAUACCAUUUCUCUAGUUGCUAUAGCUUACACAAUGUUGUCAGGGGAGGGUCAGUUUUACACAUACAUGAUUCUUAUUUCAGAAUCAACCACCCCUGAAAUCAACAUGAGAUGGUUCCUUGACACUGCUGGACUGAAGAAGUCGAGCGCCUACCUGGUUAAUGGUAUUAUGAUAUUUGUUGUAUGGCUGGUGGCAAGGAUAUUUUUGUUCCUGUAUGUGUUUUACCACAUCUAUCUUCACUACAGUCAGGUAGUGCAGAUGCAUUUGUUCGGUUAUUACCUGGUAUUGACUGUGCCGUCGGUGCUUUUUGUCAUGAACGCUGUGUGGUUUUCGAAGAUUUUGAAAGGGGUGAAGAAAACACUGUCGAAAUGGUCAUGAGCAAUUAUGCUCUGGAUAUAACUCUUGACGGACCUUGGUGUUCCUGCAGCGCUGCGUAUGACCUUGAGGUGUAAAGUUAUGAAUAUAUAUCAGCCUAAGUAGGGAAGUGAAUAUGUAAAAUACUACUAGUAGCAAUCAAGUUAGAUUAGGCCAAAUCAUACUAUUUUUUAGUGGGCAGGAAUUUGCUGUACUGAAGUUCCAGCACGCUGUUCCUUUUCCUGUCCUGCAGAUGCAGUGUGUAUAGCAGAAGAAAAUCUCAUUGCAUCUCUCUUAUCCAAUAGUACGACUUCCAAUGCUAAUUCGACUA